UCCUCCCUCGGAUUGUCGUCACUUCGCUGUAGUUUGGUGGUCACCUUGGCUGGUCGGUCAGGGUGCUGAGCCGUCCUGGCCUCGCCCAGGUCUUAUCUGUCACGGCCCUCAAAGGACUUGGGGGCCGGGCAGGCACCCGGUGCGGCGUUUAGUUGGGGCGUUUGUUUUUACCUUCCGCUCGCCUCAUCCCUAGACCUGGAACUCACUUUUGGGAGUGUUUCAGCACAGGCUGAACAUUGGCAGGGCUGAAGUAAAAUCGAUUGCUGCCCUGGUGCGGUUUUUUCAAAUGAAUUCUAAAGGCCCCUUCCGGCUUGGAAAGGUGUGAUGGCACAGGGUAGCCCGAGAACAUCAGCCUCCACCCGGUCGGCACUCCCCUACUCGAAAUUAAAAACAGGGAGGGCAUUUAUGCUCUUGGUCUUUGGGGUUGCCGCCCAGGACGUGACCUGGGAGGCCUCUUGGGUGAGCCCUGGUUCUCACGCGCUCGGUUUUUUCCGCUCCCUGCACCGGAAUGACAGUUUGGGUUCUGAAACGACAUCACGAAAGCGCGUUUCCACUUCCACUGCACAAAACCCCUAAGACCUUGCCCUGUUCAAACUCCAGCUCGGACCUCAGGAGUCUAAGAGGCAGGGUUUUCUACCUAAGGAUACGGAGGGAGAUUCCAUUCCCAGGAACCGCCGGUGGUGGAGUAUUGGUUAUCAUUAGACGCCUAAAAGCGAUUCCUUUGACCAGAGAACAGAGAGCCAGUUCCGGAGCUAGUGAGGAGCCGCCAUGGACACAGAGGAGAAAAAGGAAAUCAGUGUUGAAGAUGAAGCUGUGGAUAAAAAUAUUUUCAAAGACUGCAAUAAGAUUGCAUUUUACAGGCGUCAAAAGCAACAACUCUCCAAGAGGUCCACCUAUCGGGCAUUACUAGACUCAGUCACAACAGGCGAAGACAGCACCAACUUCCAAAUCAUCAAUGAAGCAACUAAGAUACCCCUCCGCGCUGAAGUUUAUGGUCUAGAAGGAGACAUUUUCAGACUUAAAAUCAAUGAAGAAGUUCCUCUGAAGCCCAGGUAUGAAGUGCCUGAUGUCCUCACAAGCAAGCCAAGCUCUCUAAGGUUAAUUUCAUGCUCGGGGGUUACAGGCAGCCUGGUGUUGGCCAAUGAAAAAGGAAAUCUGAAGUUUCACAUCACUGCAGACCCAUUCAAGAUAGACUUAAUAUCUGAAGAUGAUAUUGUGAUAAGCGUAAACUCCCUGGGCCAAUUAUACUUUGAACAGAUACAGGCUUCCCCCAAAAAAAGAGCUACCAAAGAAAAUGAGGAUUCCUCCUCAAUUUCAGCAAGCAAGCAGGAAAACCAAGAUGAUAUGGGUCUGUGGGAAGAAAAAUUCAGAAAAUUUGAAGAUAUCAAAGCUAAUGGUCCUACCUCCAUUGGUUUGGAUUUCUCCUUGCAUGGAUUCAGGCAUCUGUAUGGGAUCCCACAGCAUGCAGACUCACACCAACUGAAAAAUACCAGUGAUGGAGAUGCUUACCGUCUUUACAACCUAGAUGUCUAUGGAUAUAAGCUGCAUGACAAAAUGGGUAUUUAUGGUUCAGUGCCUUAUCUCCUAGCCCACAAGGUGGGCAGAACUGUAGGCAUUUUCUGGCUGAAUGCCUCAGAAACACUUGUGGAGAUCAGCACAGAGCCUCCAGGAGAGAGCACACAGAUGGGCUCAGUUGCUUCUAAACAAAAGGUCAAAUCUCGAGCUGAUGUGCGUUGGAUGUCAGAGAGUGGAAUCAUUGAUGUCUUUCUGCUAACAGGCCCUACACCUUCUGAUGUCUUCAAGCAAUACUCACUCCUUACAGGCACACAAGCCAUGCCCCCUCUCUUCUCCUUGGGGUAUCAUCAGAGCCGCUGGAACUAUGAGGAUGAGCAGGAUGUAAAAGCAGUGGAUGCAGGAUUUGAUGAACAUGACAUUCCUUACGAUGUCAUGUGGCUGGACAUAGAGCACACCAGGGGCAAGAGGUACUUCACGUGGGACAAGAAAAGAUUCCCCACACCCAAAAGGAUGCAAGCGCUGCUCAGGAGCAAACAUCGCAAGCUUGUGGUCAUCAGUGACCCCCACAUUAAAGUUGACCCCAACUACUCACUGUAUGCUGAGGCCAAAAAGCGGGGCUUCUUUGUGAGGAGUCAUGAAGGGGGAGACUUUGAAGGAGUAUGCUGGCCUGGUCUCUCCUCUUACCUGGAUUUCACCAAUCCCAAGGUCAGAGAGUGGUAUUCAAGUCUUUUUGCUUUUCCUGCUUAUAAGGGAUCAACUGACAUCCUCUUCAUAUGGAAUGACAUGAAUGAGCCCUCUGUUUUUAGAGGGCCAGAACUAACCAUGCAGAAGAACGCUGUCCAUCAUGGUAAUUGGGAACACCGAGAACUUCACAACAUCUAUGGUUUUUACCAGCAAAUGGCUACUGCAGAAGGACUGAUAAAGCGGUCAGAAGGGAAGGAGAGGCCCUUUGUUCUUACACGUUCUUUCUUUGCUGGAUCACAAAAGUAUGGUGCUGUGUGGACUGGAGACAACAGAUCAGAUUGGAGUUAUCUGAAAAUUUCCAUCCCAAUGUUGCUCACCCUCAGCAUUACUGGGAUCAGUUUUUGUGGAGCUGAUGUCGGCGGGUUCAUCGGGAAUCCCGAGGCGGAGCUGCUAGUGCGUUGGUACCAGGCUGGAGCCUAUCAGCCUUUCUUCCGCGGUCAUGCCACCAUGAAAACCAAACGACGGGAACCCUGGCUCUUUGGGGAGAAACACACCCGGUUGAUUCGAGAAGCCAUCAGAGCACGUUAUGCCCUCCUGCCCUAUUGGUAUUCUCUGUUCUACCACGCACACGUGACUGCUGAACCCAUCAUGAGGCCUCUGUGGGUAGAAUUCCCUUAUGAAUUAGAGGCAUUUAGUAUGGAAGAUGAGUACAUGCUGGGGAGUGCUUUAUUGGUUCAUCCAGUCACAGAAGCAAAGGCCACUGAGAUUGAUGUGUUUCUGCCAGGCUCAGAAGAGGUCUGGUAUGACUUUAAGACCUUUGCGCGUUGGGAAGGAGCACGCACUGUGAAGAUACCAGUAGCCUUGGACACUAUACCAGUGUUCCAGCGAGGUGGAAGUGUGGUGCCAGUAAAGACCGCCAUAGGCAAGUCCACAGGCUGGAUGACCGAGUACCCGUAUGGACUCCGGGUAGCCCCGAGUGCAAAGGGCUCGGCAGCUGGCGGGUUGUAUCUGGAUGAUGGCCACUCGUUCCGGCACCGCCACCAGCAAGAGUUCUUGCACCGGAGUUUUUCAUUCUGCUCAGGGGUUUUGAGCAAUAGCUGUGCCGAUGCAAGGGGUCAUUAUCGCAGCAAGUGUGUGGUCGAGCAGAUCGUGGUCCUGGGCCUGAGCAAGCAGCCAUCUUCUGUGACCACCCACUCAUCUGAUGGGGAAGAUCAGCCUGUGGCUUUCACAUACAGUGCCAGGACAUCCACGCUGAGCCUGGAGCGCCUCUCGCUGAACAUCGCUGCUAACUGGGAAGUCCACGUCAGAUGACACAGAAGUGGCCUGCUGCCUGCCAAGCAUUGGGAGCAGCUGCUCCUCGGUCUUUCCCGAGAUCAUGCUGCUCGCCAAGCAGCUUCCCUGGCUCAAAACCAUCUUCUUUAGUCAUGUUGUAAUGUACUGAUAAACAAUAGCUUUCAUGUUUUA